AUGCGUCUUGGAACUUUUGACCAACAUUCUGCAGACCGAGGCGGCACCUUCUGCGACUGUAUAGGCACGGUACCGGACAAAGAGAACAUCGUUGUCAAGCUCCUGUCAGUCGAUCCAAACAACUACCAAGAUGCGCCCACAGAAGGUAUUCGCCGGAUCUUAGAGCAGGCAACUGGGCAGAAGUACCCUCGCGGCCAGCCUCUGGACACCGCAAACAUCGCCUCGAUUCGGAUGGGCACCACCGUCGCCACCAAUGCCUUACUUGAGCGCAAGGGGGCCAAGACCGCUCUUCUAAUCACAAAGGGCUUUGGAGAAGCCCUCGAAAUCGGCCAUCAGUCGAGGCCUAAGCUUUUCGACCUCGACAUUAAACGGCCGGACGUAUUAUAUGAAAAGAGCGUCGAGAUUGAGGAGCGAGUUACAAUCGAACAUGACUUUUCCGAAGACGGCCAUAUCGGCACCACAACCAGCGGCUUGAGCGGCGACACGGUUCGGAUACUUCAACCUCUUGUGUGCUUAUUCCUGGCGUUAGAUGAGAAUCAAGCACGAUCGGCCUUGCGAGAACUAUAUGAUGAAGGAUUUCGGUCUAUUGCUGUCUGCUUCACUCAUUCUUAUACCUUUCCCGACCACGAACUGCGUGUUGCAGACAUUGCAACAGAGUUUGGCUUCACACAUAUCUCCUUGUCGUCGCAGCUGAUGCCAAUGGUGAAGAUGACCCCUCGAGGCAUGUCCGCAAUGGCAGACGCCUAUCUCACACCAGUCCUGAAGGAUUACGUGGGCAGCUUCGAAAAGGGGUUUGAUGGAGGCCUGAGGAACAAGACUGACACCAAAUGCCAGUUCAUGCAAUCUGAUGGGGGCCUGGUGGAUUUCAGACUACUGUCGGGGCUUCGAGCAAUUCUAUCUGGGCCUGCCGGUGGCUUAGUUGGUUAUGCCAAGGCCUUGUAUGAUCCAGCAGAUGAAAAGCCUCUGAUUGGGUUUGACAUGGGCGGGACAAGUACUGAUGUCUCGCGAUAUGCUGGCAAGUUUGAGCAUGUGUUUGAAACGACGACUGCUGGGAUUACGAUCCAAGCACCCCAGUUGGACAUCAAUACUGUUGCCGCAGGUGGUGGCUCUAUUCUUUUCUGGAAGAACGGCCUGUUUACCGUCGGGCCUGAGAGUGCUGGGGCUCAUCCUGGUCCUGCUUGCUACAGGAAAGGCGGCCCUCUCACGGUUACUGACGCCAACCUGUUCCUUGGGAGAUUGCUGCCAGAGUAUUUCCCCAAGAUCUUCGGUCCCACGGAGGACUUGCCGCUAGAUAUCGAGAUUGUGCGACAGAAGUUUCAUGACUUGACUAUCACAAUCAACAAUGAGACUGGUAACAACUUCACCCCGGAAGAAGUGGCUAUCGGAUUCCUCAACGUAGCCGACGAGGCCAUGUGCCGCCCGAUUCGAUCACUCACGGAAGGCAAAGGCCAUGAUGCCCGGCACCAUCGACUCGCCGCAUUUGGCGGAGCCGGUGGGCAACACGCAGCAUCUGUCGCCCGUAUUCUCAGCAUCGACCAAGUUGCUGUACACAGGUAUUCAUCGAUUCUCUCGGCAUAUGGCAUGGCACUGGCCGAUGUCGUGCACGAAAGCUUAGAGCCCAGCUCACAGAUCCUAUCCGAGAAGAGUCUCCCUCAACUGAAAGCUCGCUUAGAUGCCCUACAAGAAAAAUCUCGAGCUCAGCUUGUGGCCCAGGGAUUCUCCGACGAAUGCAUACGGUAUGAGAGAUAUCUGAAUCUGCGGUACCAGGGCACCAACUCCUCUCUUAUGAUUCUUGAGCCCGCCAAAGAAAGCUUUGAAGAGGCCUUUUGUAACCGCCACUUGAGCGAGUUUUCUUUCACGGCGCCCGGAAGGCCGAUUCAGGUUGACGAUAUCAGGGUCCGGGGUAUGGCUCUUGACACCGUAGAAACCUCCGUACAAGGUAUUGCAGAGCAGCUGGCCAAUGCCGAGGCGAACUCUGUUCCCACCGGCGAUUCAGAUGCUUGCGACCAAGCUCAGGUAUACUUUCAAGACACGGGGCGGGUUUCGACACCCGUGUACAAGCUGGGAAGCCUGUCGCGAAAUCAACGCGUGACGGGGCCUGCUAUCAUUCUGGAUGCAACACAGACAAUACUUAUUCUUCCUGGAUCCGAUGCCGUUAUUCUAGAUGACAAGGUCGUCAUCAACGUGGGGAGCUCCGAAGCCAAAGCGCCCCGUCUAGACGUCAUUGACCCGGUUCUUCUAUCCAUCUUUGGACACAGAUUCAUGAGCAUUGCUGAGCAGAUGGGCCAGACUCUCCAAAAGACCAGCCUGAGCCUGAAUAUCAAAGAACGUUUAGACUUUAGCUGCGCCAUCUUUGGUCCCGAUGGAGGCCUGGUUGCCAAUGCACCUCACGUGCCUGUGCAUCUUGGCAGCAUGCAGAAUUCUGUAAAGUAUCAACACAAACUUCUCGCUGGUACACUGAAGCCUGGUGAUGCUAUUUUGACGAACAGUCCGGCUGCGGGAGGAACCCAUCUUCCAGAUCUUACGGUGGUGUUGCCGGUAUUCGACGACAAGGGAGAGCAGAUCCUUUUCUACACCGCAGCGAGAGGUCACCAUCGAGAUAUAGGCGGCUUAGAAGGCAUAACUGGUAACCCGCGUGCUACUAUGCUCGAGGAGGAAGGUGCGGUUAUUGAGUCCUUCAAGGUCGUAUCGGAAGGCAAAUUUGACGAGGACGGCGUCAAGAAGAUUUUUGUUGACGGUCCGGCGCAAUAUGCCGGAUGUACGGGCUCGAACAGCCUGCACGAGAAUAUCUCCGAUCUUAAAGCUCAAGUGGCCGCCAGUCACCGAGGAAGCUCUCUGAUCAAGAACCUCUUUGAUCAAUAUGGCCCGAAUGCCGUCCAGGUCUACAUGGAAGCUAUUCAAAAGAACGCUGAAUCCGCCGUUCGCAACCAUCUCAAGAAAAUCGCUCGCCGCCACCCAGAACCUCUUGUUGCCGAGGAUGGUCUUGACGAUGGAACUCGAAUUCAUCUCAAAAUCACCAUUAACCCAGAGACCGGACAUGGUGAGUUUGACUUCACGGGCACCGGAAUCCAGACUUUUGGGAACUACAACGCUCCCACGUCUAUUGUAUGGUCCGCCAUCAUCUACGUUCUGCGCUGUAUCAUCAAUGACGAUAUUCCCCUUAACCAGGGUUGUUUGAACCCCAUAAAGAUUGUCAUCCCCGAUGGAACCAUUCUGUCGUCUGCGUCCGGCGCUGCUGUCUAUGCUUGUAACUCUGCGACUUCCAACCGCCUGACAGACGUGAUCUUGAAAGCAUUUCAAGUAUGUGGCGCCAGCCAGGGCACAAUGAAUGGCAUACAAAUGUACGCCGUUGAGAAGGCCAAGCCUGGCGAGCCAUUUGCCGGUUAUCGAUAUGUAUAUGGUGAGACCAUCUGCGGCGGCAGCGGCGCGGGACCUACUUGGAACGGCGUCUCGGGUGUCCAUACGCACAUGACCAACACUCGAGUCAUGGACCCAGAAGUCAUGGAAAAGCGAAUGCCUGUGCUGCUCAGACACUUUGGGCUCCGCGCCGGUUCGGGUGGGAAAGGGCUACACAACGGCGGCAACGGCGCCAUCCGAAUCUUUGAGCCGAGAUGCCCCAUGACAUUUACCUUUAGUUGCGACCGUCGUACGACUAGGCCCUACGGCAUGGCAGGUGGCCUUCCUGGAGAGUGCGGUAUUAACAAGGCCAUCUUGGACCACCCGAGUGGCAAGAGACGGAUUGUCAACAUCGGAUCCAAGGGUGUGAUACAGCUGAAGGUUGGUGAGCAGUUGCAGAUUCACACUCCAGGCGGUGGAGGUUGGGGUGCACCUAAGGAUGUGAAUGGUGUGAAUGGUCUCGUGAAUGGCUCUCAAUGA